AUGGACUUCAACAGCUCGUCGCCCUACCCGGAGGGCGUCAUCUCCUUCCUCGACACCGACUUGUACAAGCUGACGAUGCAAUGCGCCGUCUUCAAGUACUUCCGAAACGUCCAUGUCACAUACGCCUACACAAACCGCACGCCCGAGAAGAAGCUGUCUCGAGCAGCCCACAGGUGGUUGGCGGAGCAGAUCACCAAGCUUGGAAAUAUCUCCCUCCUUACUGAGGAGCUUCAAUUCCUCAAAGAGCACUGCCCGUACCUAAACCCCGCCUACCUUGAGUUCCUGUCCGAGUUCCGCCUGAGCCCACGCGACCAAGUCAUAGUCAACUUCCUGCCCAUCGGAGAGGACACCGGCGCAGACAACGACAUUGGCGAUGUUGACAUCCAGAUCAAGGGAACAUGGGUGGACACGAUCCUCUACGAGAUCCCCAUCCUGGCCCUGACGUCGGAGGCAUACUUCAAGUUCAUGGACAAGGACUGGACGUACGAGGGGCAGGAGGAGAAGGCAUACGAGAAGGGCAUGACGCUACUCGAGGGCGGCUGCAUUGUCUCCGAGUUUGGCAGCCGGCGCCGGAGGGACUACCACACGCAGGCGCUUGUGUUCAGGGGUCUGAUCAAGGCGAGCAAGGACGCCCAGAAGAAGGGCUUCAAGGGCAAGGUUUCCGGCACGAGCAACGUCCACCUGGCCAUGCGGUUCAACAUCCCGCCCAUCGGCACGGUCGCGCACGAGUGGUUCAUGGGCAUCGCCGCAAUCAAGAACGAUUACCCGAACGCGACGGAGGAGGCGCUGCGUCACUGGAUCGGUGCGUUCGGCGAGGGCGUCCUCGGAAUCGCGCUCACGGACACUUUCGGCACGCCCGAGUUCCUGAAGGCCUUCAGCAAGCCGAUACAGCACCUUCCUGACGCAGCUGCGACCCCCAUCAGGGACCGCAAGCCGUCCAUCGCGGACACAUUCACAUCUGCGUCGGAAGACGCCCUCGACUCAGGGGCAAAGCAGAACGCCAAGACGUACGCGCAGGUCUUCACGGGUGUUCGCCAGGACUCGGGCGACCCAAAGGAAUUCGUCAAGACAAUGCGCAAGUUCUACGACAGCCAAGGGAUCAAGGAGAAGAAGGUCAUUGUCUUCUCCGACUCGCUCAACAUCGAGCGCUGUUUGGAGUACAAGCAGGUCUCAGAGGAGGCCGGGUUCCAGCCGACCUUUGGUAUCGGGACCUUCCUGACAAACGACUUUGUCAAUACGGCAACGGGCAAGAAAUCCGUGCCGCUAAAUAUUGUGAUCAAACUCAGCUCAGCUGCCGAUAAGCCUGCGGUGAAGAUCAGUGACAACAUUGGCAAGAACACGGGUGACAAGGCCACCGUUGAGAAUGUCAAGCGGCAGCUCGGAUAUGUCGAGAAGGACUGGAAGGAUGGCGAUGAGACCUCGAGAUGGGGUAAAGAGGAUGACCCGGUCAAGGCAUGA